CAACGUCGAUCUGGCAACGUACACAGAGCCCAAUCUCACUGCUGUCGUCACUGAGGUCAGGUAGACCGAGCGAAGAUGGCGACCGCCUACGAGAGAUACAAUUUGCACACAACCCCAGAGAAGUUCUUCAUUGAGGCCUGUGAUGAGGGGGCUGAUGCUGUGCUGGCAAUCGACAGGGUCUCAAAUGAGAUGACUCUCACAGGUAAAAAAGAUGUCCCUCCCUCAGCAGUCACCAGGCCUAUAUGCGGCAUCAUGGGAACUAUUCGCCUGGUAGCAGGGAUGUACCUGAUUGUCAUCACCAGGAAGAGGAAUGUGGGCAGCCUCCUGGGCCAUGCUGUGUGGAAGGCUGUGGAUUUUGAUGUGAUCUCUUAUAAGAAGACAGUGUUGCAUCUCUCAGAGAUCCAGUCUCAAGAGAACAAGACUUUCCUGUCCAUGAUUAACAAUGUGCUGACCACAGAUGGCUUCUACUUCUGCACUGACUAUGACCUGACACACAGUCUGCAGCGGCUGGCCAACACCAGCCCAGACUUCCAAGAGAUGAGUCUGCUGGAGAGGGCAGAUCAGAGGUUUGUGUGGAAUGGGAACCUGUUGAGAGAACUGUCUGCGCAGCCAGAGCUUCAUAAGUUUGCACUUCCUGUUGUCCAUGGAUUCAUCGUCAUGAAGCCAUGUCGUAUAAAUGGGAAGAUCUUUGAGUGGAUCCUCAUUUCCCGUAGAAGCUGCUUCCGGGCUGGCGUCAGAUACUACGUCAGAGGCAUCGACUCUGAAGGCCAUGCGGCUAACUUUGUGGAGACUGAGCAGAUAGUUUUGUAUGAGGGAGCAAAGGCUUCAUUUGUACAGACACGAGGCUCCAUGCCAUUUUACUGGAGUCAGAGGCCCAACCUCAAAUACAAACCCAAACCUAUAAUCAGCAAAACCACCAAUCACAUGGAUGGUUUCCAGAGACAUUUUGACUCUCAGCUGCUUAUCUAUGGGAAGCAAACAAUUCUGAACCUGGUGAAUCAGAAGGGCUCAGAGAAACCACUGGAACAGGCCUUUGCCAAGAUGGUGUCUGGCAUGAACAAUGGUAUGCUCAAUUACAUAGCCUUCGACUUCCACAAAGAGUGCAGCCACAUGAGAUGGGAUCGUCUCCAGAUCUUAGUGGAUGCUGUCGCUGAGACACAAGAUGAAUACAGUCACUUCAUGGUGAACUCAGAGGGGAAGACAGUAGCCCAGCAGAGAGGAGUCUUCCGCAGUAAUUGCAUGGACUGCCUGGACAGGACUAAUGUCAUCCAGAGCCUGCUGGCUCGACGCUCCCUGCAGUCUCAGCUUCAGAGGAUGGGAGUUCUGAAUGUGGGUCAACGGAUUGAAGAGCAGGCUGAGUUUGAAAAGAUCUACAAGAAUGCAUGGGCUGACAAUGCCAAUGCAUGUGCCAUACAGUACGCAGGAACUGGAGCCUUGAAAACAGACUUCACAAGGACAGGGAAAAGGACCAGGUGGGGGCUUCUGAUGGAUGGCUGGAACUCAAUGAUCCGUUACUACAAAAAUAACUUCUCUGAUGGAUUCAGACAGGAUUCUAUUGACCUGUUUCUGGGUAACUUUGCUGUCGAUGAGUCUGACGGACCCACUCCUCUUCGUGUGCAGAAGGACUGGAAGUUCCUCACGCUGCCCAUCAUUAUGCUGGUGGCAUUUUCCAUGUGCAUCGUCUGUCUUCUCAUGGCUGGUGACACUUGGACAGAGACCCUGGCUUAUGUGAUGUUCUGGGGGGCUGCUAGUGCGAUUACAGCCACUAUCAUCCUGUUUAACGGCCAAGACUUUGUGGACGCCCCCAAACUGGUUCACAAGGAGAAGCUGGACUGAGCAUGCAUGCAUGCAUGUUUUUGUGUGUGUGUGUGUGUGUGUGUGCGUGCGUGCGUGCGUGCGUGCGUGCGUGCGUGCGUAUGUGAGGAGUAUCUGGGCCCAGCAGGUUCAUAUACCUCAUAAUUUUUAAAGUCUUCUUCCCCAGGUCUGGACUCCAGACUGAUCUGCUGCCUUCAUACUGCCCUCCAGACUUCCUCAUCCAAAACAGUUUUUCUGUUAUUUGACUACAUUAUUAACCUUCUUCAGUUGUACUGCACACACUCCAUCACAUGGUUUGCAUUGAAUUUCCUAGAUUCCAUAUACUGUAUCUUUAGGUUGGUUAUGCUGGUUUGUUGGUUAUGUAGGCCAUAGGUUGUCAGUUAUACAGAGGAUCUGUGAUGGCACUUUAGGUAACUGUUUCUGUGUUAAUUAUUUUCCACCAAAAAGACUCCUAACACUAGUGCUCAUUUUCUUAUUUGUGAAUCAUUCUUAAAAAUUUAAAUCUGUCACAAUGUUAUAACAAGAAUUUUUCUAUUGUGCUUCAUUACAAGCCUUUUAGUUAGCAGCCCUGCUCACCCACAUAGGUGUUUUUGAUUAUUCUGGCUGAUCAGACCUCCAGUCAGGUUGUCACGUUUGGUGGAGCUAUGCUGGAAAUUACAUAAUAUCAACAAGCUCUGUGUACAAAUAAAUGAUAAAAGUAUUAAGAUGUCCUGUCUAAAUCGGUAUACCAAAAACAACCAAAGAGUGAAGGAGAUGUCAAGUGCAGUUUAUACAAGUACACAGUCUUUGGAACAACCUGUAAACACCGUGUAAAGUUGAUAUGACUAACAUGUUUGCAAACAGUGACUAACUUUAAUUAUUUGAAGUUGGGCAGUAGUGUACAGGGAAUUUUCAGAGCUUUUUACUUCAAACAGCUGCCUGCUGCUAGAAAUGAAGUUGAUAAGAGCAGAGUUUUGGACCGUAAAACCAAAACAGUGAGCUGAAGAAGUUAGAAAGCUCUGUAGUGCUUUGGAGUUAGUGAUAAUUCUCUGUGUUCAUCACCACAAAUGACCGCAUUCAUGCUACACACAGUCAUUUGAUCCAUCGUUAAUAUAAAAAUCUUGAUUAGUGCAGCUUUAAAGAAACUCAAUGUGAUUAUUUAUUAAGGUCAAUUAACCCUGAACAGUUACUGUCAAUGAUGUGGCACUCAAGAUGCAGUUUAUUACAUAGUAAUGAUGUAUCGAACUGAUGAAUAGUGCACUCUAUACAGUGUGUGCACUUGAGUUUUGAAUAUAACAAGCCUUACGAACUUGCAUAUGAAAUAUAAAUAUCUGGCUAAUCUGUAUGUAAGUGGAGUGAACAAUACAUAUUUCUAUUAAGCUAACUUUGGGAGAGUAUCUAUGAUGCCUUUGCCCCAUGAAAAAAACAAACAAAAUGUGUUCCCUGCAUACAGUACAGGCCAAAAGUUUGGACACACCUUCUCAUUCAAUGCGUUUUCUUUAUUUUCAUGACUAUUUACAUUGUAGAUUCUCACUGAAGGCAUCAAAACUAUGAAUGAACACGUGGAGUUAUGUACUUAACAAAAAAAGGUGAAAUAACUGAAAACAUGUUUUAUAUUCUAGUUUCUUCAAAAUAGCCACCCUUUGCUCUGAUUACUGCUUUGCACACUCUUGGCAUUCUCUCGAUGAACUUCAAGAGGUAGUCUGGGCUUGGUAUUCAUGUGAAUGCCACUUGGCAUGCUCCACCCACCCAAACACUGUUACAGACCAGGUACCCUCACCCCCCUUGACAACAGUAUUCCCCAAUAGCAGUGCUCCCCCAGCAGGACAGUGUACCACGCUACACCGUAAAAACUGCUCAGGAAUGGCCCAAGGAACGUGACACAGAGCACAAGGUGUCGACCUGCCCUAAUCUUCCAGAUCCUGAUCUGAUAGAGCAUCUGUGGGAUGUACUGGUCCCUUAAUACGACACAUCACUGUGGUGUCUGGCACCAGGGCGUUGGUGGCAAGUCCUUGAGUCCUGUGGGUUGUAAAGUGGGGUACGCACAUUUCCGACAGAUGCUCAAUCAGAUUGGGAUCUCAGGAAUUUGGAGGCCAGGUAGACACCUCAA